AUGGAGAAUUCUACACCUAGCCCCGAGCAUCAUCAGCAUCAUGCACAUCACUCCCUCGAGGACGACAAUCAAAAGCCUCCAAGUAAAAGGUCCAUCGAAUUCAGCUCGCCGCUCGCCCAGCCACCAGUUAAACGCUCACCUCCUGUACAUCUGAAAGGAGAUGACCGCAAAGAUCCCCUGAAGCCAAAGCUGAAGGAGGAGCCCCCCCUGAGCGUGCCGCUCGAUGAACUGAAACGCCGGAGUGAAUACGUCGUUUGCCCAAGGUGUAAAGUCUGGGCCAGGACUACCACAAGGGAAAAAUCCGGUAAUCUGACUCAGUGA